ACGCUACCAACAAAUCACUCACACUCCCCUCCCUCUCCACGCCGACCCCAAGCUCCCUCUUUUCCCCUCCCCUCCCCUCCUCCCCCCACGUCUCCUCCUCCUCCAUCUCCGGCGGCCACCUGCCCCCACCGCCGAGACCCUUCCCCUUCCAGCACCCCCCCUCCCGGGCCCCGGAGCAGCACUGACAGAGAGAGAAAAAGAAAGCGGCUAAGGGGGGGAUCGAGAGAAGAUGAAGCCGAGGAGCUCGGCGAGGGGCGGAGGGGAGCCGAGGAAGAGGCUGCGGAAUGCGGCUCUCCUCGCGCUCAUGCUCUGCUCCCUCGUCGCGCUCUCCGUCAUCCGCGCCAGGUUCUCCCCGAUCGCUAGCGCCGGAGGCGAGCCGCUCAAGCUCAACGCCGACGAGUCGAAGCUGGUGGUCACCACCAAGCAGGCCGUCGUCAACACGGAGUCCGGCGAUGAUGCCGCCGACGAGUCCUCCUCCGCCUCCUCCUCGUCUUCGUCUUCGUCUUCGUCGGGAGCUGCUGCGGCGGAGGAGGAGGAGGACGCUCCGGCGAGGCCCGGCGGCGGGGAUGGGGGCAAGCAGGCGGUGUGCCACGAGACGAGCCGGCGGUCGGACACCUGCGAGGCAGCCGGCGACGUGCGCGUGGUGGGGAGCAGCCAGAUCGUGUACGCGGACGCGGUGGGGCGCGAGUGGAAGACGAAGCCGUACUGCCGGAAGCACGACGCGUUCGCGCUGUCGCACGUGAAGGAGUGGACGCUCAGGCCGCUGCCCCCCGGCGGCGACGGCGGGCCGAGGUGCACGACGAACAGCACGGCGACGGCGUUCGUGCUGUCCACCGGCGGGUUCACGGGGAACCCGUUCCACGACUACACGGACGUGCUCAUCCCGGCGUUCAUCACGGCGCACCGGUUCGCCGGCGAGGUGCAGUUCCUGGUGAGCAGCUACAAGCCGUGGUGGAUGAACAAGUACAUCCAGAUCUUCCAGCGGAUGAGCCGGUACGAGGUGCUCGACAUCGACGCCGACGCCGCCGACGAGGUCCGGUGCUACCGGAGGGCGGUGGUCGGGCCGGAGUUCCACCGGGAGCUCGGCGUCGACCCGUCCAAGACGCCGUCGGGCUACUCGGUGCUCGACUUCCGCAGCAUGCUCCGCGGCGCGUUCGGCCUGGACCGCGCCACGGCGACGCCGAGUGGCGACCGGUGGGACAUCCGCCGCCGCCCGCGCCUGCUGAUCAUCUCCCGCCGCGCCGCCCGCGGCCGCGCGUUCACGAACGAGCGCGCCAUGGCCGACAUGGCGGCCAGCCUGGGCUUCGACGUCCGCGUCGGCGAGCCCGACGCCUCCACCGACACCUCCAAGUUCGCCCGCCUCGUCAACUCCUGCGACGUCAUGGUCGGCGUGCACGGCGCCGGCCUCACCAACAUGGUCUUCCUCCCCGCCGGCGCCGUCCUCGUCCAGGUCGUGCCGUACGGCAAGCUGGAGUGGCUCGCCCGGAACACCUUCGCCGAGCCCUCCGCCGCCAUGGAGCUCCACUACCUCGAGUACGCCGUGCAGCUCGACGAGACGACGCUGAGCGAGCAGUACCCGCCGGACCACCCGGUGCUCCGGGACCCCAUGGCCAUCCACAAGCAGGGCUGGGAAGCUCUCAAGACCACCUACCUCGACAAGCAGAACGUCCGGCCGCACCUCGGCCGCCUCAAGAACACCUUCCUCCAGGCGCUCAAGCUGCUGCCCCACGACAAGGAAACCAUGAAUUAGCUUAGCUCAUCGGAAUCGAUCGCCGUCGCCAUUGCCGUCGACGUCGCCGUCGUCAUAGCGACUCGAAAAUUAUUGUAGUAUAGAUAUUUAGAUAGAUAGGUAGCUAAUUUUAAUUUUUUUCUCUAAUUAUUAUUUUCUAUUGAUCCCUAGCAAAGUUGCCAAGAUCAGUUAGUGUCACUUAUUUCUUUCUUUGAAAUAAUCCGUUGCAACGCACGGGCAAUUUGGCGGUGUUAAUAGAAUCACUAGGGUUUGUAUGCAGCUGUAUUACUUACAAUCAAAAGUAAGAACCAAGGCAAUCAUCUUAUACUAUCAAACAUCUAAGCUU